AUGAAAAGUCCACAACAUACGCAACAACCUUUAUUUUAUGAUCAAAUACCUGCUUAUAUGCAUGAAUAUAUAAAAGAAGUGAUUAAUGUAGACAGAGAUGGCAAUUGUGGGUAUAGAGCAGUAGCCAUGUGUUUAGGAAGAAACGAAGAUAAGUGGUCAGAGAUAAAAAAGGAAUUAUUGAAUGAAUUAAAUGAAAAGGAGCAAUUUUACCGAAUAAUGCCACAAAUAGGCAAUGUUAUAGCAAAUACCUAUCAAAGACCGUUAUACUUUUUCUCAUUACAAAUAAGCCUUAUAUUUCUUCCAUAUCACUAUCCCUUGAACCGAAACGAAGCUCUUGCAAUGGCUUUUAUUAAUGAAAAUCAUUAUGUGGCAUUAGUAUUGAGACCUGGUACACCUGUUCCACUAAUUGUUAAUCGAUAG